UUCUGCAUUCAUUUUAAAAUUCAUUCACUGGACAUCAGCUUUGUGACUCAUGCUAAGGUCACGAAGGCAUGCUACAGAAUCCGUCUUGGGUUGUUGGAAAAAACUCAUGGUAAUGUGUUGAAGAUAAAGGACAGAACUAUUAAAUAUGGCUGAAGUUCUUUUGAGUGAGGCUGAGAAGAUAUUUCUUAUUCAUGGAAUACAGGAGGACCACCGGACGGACGGACGGCGGCGGCGCGACUACCGUCCCAUGGAGCUGGAGACGGGCCUGGUGACGCACGCGGCCGGCUCGGCCCGGCUCCGGCUGGCCACCACCGACGUCCUGGUCGGCGUCAAGGCAGAGGUGGGCGAGCCGCUGCCGGAGCGGCCGCGCGCCGGACGACUCCAGUUCUCCGUCGACUGCUCGGCCAACGCCUCUCCCGAAUUCGAGGGUCGCGGCGGCGAGGCGCUGGCGGGCAGCAUUGCCAGCUGCCUGACGCGGGCCUACGCCAGCCCGUCGGCGCUCGACCUGCGGCCGCUAUCCAUCGUGCCGGCCCGCCAGUGCUGGAUACUCUACGUGGACAUACUGAUCCUGGAGUGCGGCGGCAACCUGUACGACGCCGUCUCGUGCGCCGUGAAGGCGGCUCUGUUUAACGCCCGCGUGCCCGAGCUGGACGUCAGCAGUGCCGACAGCGGCCGGGUCGACGUCGAGCUGUCGGACGACCCCUUCAAGUUGCUGCGGCUCGAUGUGGAGAAUGCGCCCUGCCUGGUCACUCUGCUGCUGGUGGACAGCGAGUGUAUCGUGGACCCGACCCAGGAGGAGGAGGCCUGCAGCAAGGCCUCCCUGGUGACGGCGGUCACCGCUGGCGGCCUGGUGACCGCCGUCACCAAGGCGGGCCGAGGCAGUUUCCACCCGACCACCGUCGCCAGCGCACUAGAGAUGGCGGCCGAGCUCGGCGCCGUGCUGAACCGGACACUGACCGAACAACUGCAGGUCGAGGAACAGAUCGAGGACCGCCAGAUCCGCGGCUUCCUCGGCUGAGCGGCGCACCCUGCCGGCGCGUGGCUCCGGGCGCCUGACCGACCAGGAGGAUGAGCCUCCAAUCCUGCGGCUGUGGCGCAGCAACCUGCCGGUACCGGGCGCCCUGGGAGCUAUGUAGUAGUGUGCAGAGCGGCCAGACUCCAACUCCGCGGCUGUGGCGUGCCCCGCCGGUGUGCGGCACCGGGCGCCAGGGCGACCGCGUGCAGAACGGUCGGAGUAGGAUUCCUCGGCCGAACGGUCCGAUUACAUCUCCGCGGCUGUGGCGCACUGCCAUUAGGUGAUGUGUUUGGAACUCAUCGAACUCAUUGGGUGAUGUGUUUGGAACUCAUCGAACUACCUACGUGCAGUGUGUGGGGAACACAGUAUUUCGAAAACCGUGCAGCACUUCCAUCAUCACGCGCUUAUGCCGCCUUUUCACAGCUGCGGUUACGAGUAUUGUUUUCGAGGGCGUUAAACAUGCUGUUCCAUCCAUUCCAGCAUCUUUAAUCUCGAAGUGGUGUAGGAACUGAAAUACAACUGUAGCUAGUGUGUACACAUGUCUGAAAUGUGUUGCUCGCGUGUUUCCUAAUGCGUAACAUGUGCCGUGUGUUGCCAAUUUACAUGUACCACGCAGUGCUGGGAACUUGAGUGUGCUGACUGCUGAUUGUACUGUUUUGAAUUGUUUUGAAAGAAUUAAUAAUGAGAAAACAGGAACGCUGA